UGUUUUAGAAAUGUGGCAGCACCGACAAGCAGCUGUUGUGACGAAAAGCCAACUCAGCUAAUGUGAAGAAAUUUUUAAUACACAAAAAAAAUUUCGCACACAAACUGUAUUGUUACUAUAGCCGUGGUUUAGUUUAAUUCGAUUGUAAACAGUGCCACAAAUAAAGACAAUGCAAAAUGCGGCCAACAAACGCAAAAGCCCCAACCAAUACGCCGUGGAGUGAUUUCGCCAUAUACCUGACCAUAACACUAACACUUUCCCUUUCAUGUCUUCCGACGACGUGGGCUUUGUCCGACAAAAGACUGUGCGCUGACGAAAAAUGUGAACAGAUCAUCUCUUUCGGUACUGCUAAAAUCAGCUAUGCGGCUGGAGAAGAUGGCAUGCUGCCCUUUAAGAUUCAUUCGCCAGUGCGUAUAUUAUCCAAGAGCGCUGGCAACAAUCCGAAGCUGUGGGGCGUGGAGAUCAAUGGACGUCGCGGCUAUGCCAACAAGGAUUUUAUCAUGGAGAAGAGAAUUAUGAUUAAAGAAAAAGAUCUCAAGCAUGAAGUGCCAGUUGUUUGGCCACCCAACCCGGCAACAGCUGCUGCACCAGCAACAGCUCCCAUUGCGAAUAGUCCAGCUCAAGACCCACAAGUGCCGCUGGAGCAGGCGCAAGCGCAAGCUGUGCUCAAUGCCUCCGAAACAGUCGAUGAUAUAGCAACAACAACCACCUCGCCGCUGGACACACUCAAGCUGGCCAUACUCACUGAGCAGGAGCAAACCAGCAGCAGUGAAGCACCAUCUCCAAUAACACCUGUACAGCCCAAUCUUCAGCUGGUCGAUGGCACGGAAUUGCCGCUGGAGGCUGUGGCCGCUGUUACAGAACGAACUCAGAACCUUUCCCAGGCAGACGCCAAAAACAAUGCUGAGCUCGAGGGCAAAACGAAAAGCAAUGACACAUUCGAUUACGCAGCGGAUGACGAGGAAAUUUACGACGAAGAAGAAGACGACGACGAUGUCGAGGAAACACUUGAUAGCCAAGUCAACGAUAUACAAAACGAAACAAAAGCCGAUAACAAAGCAAAUGCUGCAGCCGCUCAAGUGGCCAAAACAUCUGAGCCAGAGGCAACACAGCCAACAGCAGCAGCAACAGCGGACGCUCAACAAACGAAUGCCACAAACGAAGAUAAGGAAAAGCAAGCAGCCGUAGCUGGCACUCCGUCACAAACAGCUACAAGUAAUGACAGCCAAGUCGUUGAAGCCCAGCCGGACGUCAUUCCUAAGGCAACUCCAGCUUUGCUGCUUAUAGAAACGCGCAAUGUCAGCGCUGUGCCCGCCGAGGAGCAACUGCAGCUGGAGGCAAAGCCACAAACAGAAGCAGCUGUAGGUGCAACAGAAUCUGAGCACCUUGCACCAGGCUUAGAACCUGCACUCAAUGCUACAAAAAAUGAUGCAGAGCUGCCCAAAGAGGAAACGAAAGCUCAGCUGUUGUCGGAUCUAGUCGCAGAGCCCAAGGCUAAAGAAGCAACCGCAGCGGAGACUGUGCCAAGUCAGGCGAUAAGCGAGCAGAUUGAAAAGGAAAACGAAGUAAAAGAAGCUAGCUCCAAGCCAACAACAGAGACAGCAGCAGAAGAAGCCAGCAAGGCACAAGUUGAAGGGGCAGUAAAGGUGCAGCCGGAUCCAAUUGUAGCAGAGCCAACACAAGCGCCGAAAGCAGCGCAGCCAAAUGAAACAGAAUCCGUUAAGGUGCAAACCGAAGCUCCAGUUGCAGCCAAUGUCGAGAAACCAAGUGUGCCAAGCGAAGCACAGACAGCAGCUGUAGUCGAUGCAGCUCAACAGGAAGCGCAGGCAAAGGUAGAGGAAGCACAGACAGUCAAUGAUGCGGCUAGCUCAACGGCCACGCCCACUGAGGACUUGAUUGUGCCGGCCAGCUUGCCUCCAUUGUUCAAAAAGCAGCAUUUCCAGCAUAAUCCAAAUGAAUACUACAAACAGCUGCAGGAACAGCAGCAGCAGCAACAGCAGGAGCAAAAACAAAAGGAGCAGCAGCAGGACCAGCAACAACAUCCGGAGCAACAACAGCUGCAGGAACAGCAGAAGCAGCAGCAGGAAGAGCUGCUGGAACAUCAAAAGCAGCAGCAGGAAGAGCAACAGCAGAAGGAGAAGCAACAGCAACAAGAGCUGCAGGAACAGCAGAAGCAGCAGCAGGAAGAGCUGCUGGAACAGCAGAAGCAGCAGCAGGAAGAGCAACAGCAAAAGGAGAAACAGCAACAGGAGGAGCAGCUGCGACAACAACUGCUGGAAAGGCAGAAGCAGGAGGAGCAGCACCUACAACAGAUGCUGAAACGGCAGAAGCAGGAGGAGCAACAACAAAAGGAGAAGCUGCAGGAGGAGCAACAGCAAAAGGAGAAGCUGCAGGAGGAGCAGCAGCAAAAGGAGAAGCUACAGGAGCUGCAUCAGCCCAGCGAUACACAACAGCAACUGGCCGGGAAUGCGGUGCCGCACACCACGCCCACUCCAUCCGCAUUUGAUGCAUAUGAUGCAGUUCACCAGGCAGAGCCAACGCCUGCGCCACCAGCACGCGGCGUAGUCGAGCAAAUCAACGCUGCCGACGCCGUGGAGCCAACUGGAUUGCCAACGGAAGCGCUCAAAGAAGAUGCCGGUCUGGGACUGGGACUGGGACUCUUUGGCACCAUUUUGGACACUGUCAACUCGUUCAUAUCCAAUCAAGAUCACAAGGAACCAAAAACUGAGCCGCUUACAGGCAACGAUGAGCUGCAUCGUUUGCUCUAUUCAGGCGCGGCUAUUCCGCAAGCUGAUGCUCAUGGCGAGGGUUAUUGCACGCGGCCUUUGGAUGGCAACUGCCAUGCUGCGAUUACCCUGGACAAUUUCGUGGAGGUGUUGGCUGCGAAGCUGUUGGAGCAUAGCCUGUUGUUGCUUUGCGUGGUCAUUGCGGCUGCCUCGUCGCUGUUCUUUAUAUUCACCUACUAUUGCUUCUGCAACAGCAGCCAGGAAGGUGCUCUGCUCGCCAAGCUGAAUCAUCUGGAGCGCAGUCUGCUGGCCGCGCACAAGGAGAACCUGAUAAUCAAGCACGAGCUGAUGACAACACGCACGAAGCUCUCGAGCAUUGAGGAUAACUCCUUUGGCUCCAACGACAUGGUUGUCGCGCUGAAGAAACAACUCGAGACGGAGCUCUAUGAGAAGGCCAAGCUGCAGGAGCAGGUUAGCUCCCUGGAAAAGGAUUUGGACAAUGCCGCCGAAGCGGGCUUGGAGCUGAACAAAAUGUUGUCCGAGGUGUUGAACAGCCAGAAUGGCGAUGAGGCAUUCAUGAGCACCGUUGACGAGCUGCAACGCCAGCUCAACGAUCAGGAAAAGAUCAUCAUUGACAUCAACGCAAGUCUGGCGGAGAAGAGUCGCGAGAAUAGCGAGCUGCAAUAUUCCUAUACGGAGUCGACAACGCGCUUAACCAGCGAAAUGAAGUCGCUGCAGCAGGAUAACUACGAGCUGGAAAUGGACAAAUCAAAGCUGCAGACGCGCCUUGAGGAAAUCCAAGCGGAGUCCGAACAGGAGCUAGCCAAGGCUCUAGAGGCGCGCAACUAUGAAAUGCAGCGGCUGCAGCAUCAGAUCAUGGAACUGAAUGCCAAAUACGACAAAGAGCACAGCGAACUGCAGACCAGCUUAGCCAAAAUCGAGGCGCUCGAAGAUUGCCUAAAGGCGAUCAAGAAGGACGGCAAUACCAAAAUCCAGGAUCUAAUUACAUCAGCGAAGACACGCGGCGAACUGAAUGCAGCGCAGAAAAAGUUUAUGUCGCUGCAAACGAAGCUGGAACAGGAACUGGCCAAUAAGGCGCGUCUCGAGAGUCAGCUGCAGGCAUCCAGCGCGGACGUCGAACAGCUUAAGCAGGACUUCAAUCAGUCCGAACGCGACAAACUCGAGGCGCAAACGCGUCUCGAAGUACUCUCCGGCUAUUUCCGUGAAAAGGAAACGCAGCUGCAAAAAGAGCUCAGCUUGCAGGAGGCCAAGUGGCUGCAGCACCAGGGCGAGAAUGCCAGCACUGUGGAGACGCAAACGCUGAUGAAGAAUGAAAUUCAGAUGCUGAAAUCUCAAAACGACGAGCUGCGCGCCGAGAUUGAGGCACAGAUUGCCUCGCACAAGGCACAGAUGGGCACGCUGGAGAAUCGUGCGCACGAGUCUUGGCUGGCGGCGCGUCAAUCCGAGCGACGCUGCGAGGAGGCGCAGGCCGAAGCCGCCGGCCUGCGGCGCAAGCUGACGGCCAUGGCCAGUGGAUCGGGCGAUGUGUCGCUGGAUGCGCUGCCCUCCAACGGAGGCAUCUUGGGCGCGGGCGAACUGACGACCACGCCGUCGCCGUUGCCAUUGCCCGGCUCGCCUGGACUGUUGAGCAUGCCCAAUCCACUGCCAUUCCUACCGGCGCCGUUCACGCCGUUUAUGGGGCUGCCGCCGCCAUUUUUGCCACCAUCAGUAGCUGCCGGCGGUGCGCGCCCACCGCCGCUGGGCCGCAUGCGUUCGCCGCCGCCGACUUCGUCGUCGCGCGAUCGUUACUCACCGCAUCGCGAUGACCGCGACGACUACAGCGACUAUGAUGACUACGACGACGAUGAUGAUGACGAACGCGGCAUGGACCGGCACAGGCGACACAGCGGCAGCUGGGGCCGUCGCGGCUCCUAUAUGCAUUCGCCGCGCACAUAUCGUUCUCUGUCGCCAUCGGACAGCCGCUACAAUUAUAACGAAACGGAAACGGACUUUAGUCCGCCGCCGAGCCCGCCACCCCCGCGUAAGAGCUCGCGACCCAUCAGCGAAGUAUGAAAUGCGGCACUGUGUACUUUACAGAAAAGAAAAAAAAGGACACCAACAUCCUAAAAUAUUAUGUACGAGUAGUUGCAGAAACUCAAAACUAGUUCAAAUCUAUGUAUAUUUAUUACUGAUCAUCGGGUUAACUACGACUAAGUGCGACUCACAUACUUAUAUACACACACAAUUCCCAUAAUACGAAUUUGAGGCAUUUUCAAAAUAAAAACAUCAGCAAUUUUGGUGGCUCAAUGGUAAAUGAUAUCAAAUGGAAAACUAAAAUAAACCAAACAUUCAAAACACCAAAA